CACAGUAACAAGCACUCAGCCUUAAGGAAAAAUAAAAAGUUGUGCGAAAGUGAGAAGGGGAGAGAGAGAGAGAGAGGGAAUUAAAAAAAGAAAAGAAAAGAAAAAGCGAUACAAAGAGGCUCUUAUUGCCUCGAGAAAAAGGAACGUGUGAGAGAGAGACACGCACAUAAAGAUUUUAAGUAUUAGACAGCAAGAAGAGAUUUCUGAAGAACCAUUUUUCUGGGUUGUGGCAAAAGAAUCAGACAGCGGAGGAUGCUCAAAACUAAGUGUUGAAACUUCUGCCAGGUGGAACCGCUCCCAGGACAUCAGAGAAGACGGGAGUAACAGAAACAAAACCUCAGGCUGUGCUUAGCUGUCUGGGAAAGGACCUAAGGCUGAUAUAAUUCAUUUCAGGGGACUGGACAAGGAGUAACUACAUUUGAGAAUGGCUGAUGACGAGGACACAAGGGAAGUUCUCUUCCCACAAUGGAUGGGCCCUGAUAAACACGGGCUCACCAUAGAACAAACAGGCGAAGGAGAGAUAUUUGUCAAAGAGGUGAAAGACGAGUCCCCUGCUGCUCACACUGGGAAAGUGUAUGAAGGUGAUCAAAUUGUGGGGGCAACCAUUUACUUUGAAAACAUGAGCUCGGAGGAAACAGCCGAGUUACUGAAAACUCUCAACAGACACAAGGUUGGGCUGAAACUACAGCACAAGACUGGAGACAAAUCACCUUGUCGCUCUCCCAUGGGUACACUGUCAUGGGAAGGACGUGGACGAUUUGGAGGUUCUAGUCCUGACAUAAUUCUGAGUGGUGAUGAUGAGGACUACAAGAGGAUUUAUACUAAGAAAAUAAAGCCCAGACUGAAGUCUGAGGAUCUUGCUGAAGGUGUAGAUGUGCGAACAGAACGCCACAGCAGCACCAGCAGUGACGGCAGCACUAUCACCACCAUUACACGUCGCAUCACUACCUACACUGUGGACAUACCAGGGGGCAGUGACCAGCCACAGAUUGAUGUCUCAAGCCCAGAGUUCAAAAUGCAGACCUCAUGGCGUAGUCCAACAGAGGGAAGUUCGACUCAGAUCAGAGUACCACAAGGCAGUCUCACAAGCAGAGGUUCUAGAGAUGAGGUUACUGAUGUGGGUGAAAUCUCUCUCACAGGUCCGCACAUCACAGGCUCUUCUGAAAAGCACUGGAGCACAGGACAUGUCAAAACAACAACUAUCACACGAGAAAUAGAGGGAGGAGGAAAAGAGAUUAGAUUUAAAAUUCCUGGCGCAGGAUUGUCAUUGGGAAAAGCGCAGGGUGAGACGGGACUUUCUGGGGUGAUUCAGCAAGAGGAUGGCAGCAUUCAGGUUCCAGGUGGCCAUGUGUCAGUCACAGAAGAAAUAGGCAUUGGUGGGGGAGUUGACAAUUUUGAUGGAAGAAAAAGAAUUGGUGGUGUUGCGGGUAUGGGGUUAGACGGCAGGGUAGACAUCGGGAGAGGAAGUGAAAUCACAAUUGGUGAACAACAGUUGAAAGGAGCAGGAGCAGGAGGACAAGGAUUUGACAUCAAUGUGAGUACCAGCACUGUUAAGUCUGGAGAAAGAGCAGGAGUAGAUUUCAGGGUACCAGCAGCUGCUAAGCAAGAAAUUUCAAUUUCAAAGCUAGAUAUGAAUUCUGGACUGAAGGGAUCAAAUAUUAAGGGAGGCAUAUUAUCAGGACAAAUUAAGACCCCUGAGGGUGGCACUUUAUCUUCUGGUUUUUCCGUUACGGCAGACGUACAAGAUACUGACAAGCCAAAAAUAAAAAUGCCUUCAUUUGGAAUUACAGGAACUGUACUGGAGAGCCAAGAUAAACAUGUACAUGUACCUAAAUCUAACAUUGAUAUUAACAUGCCUGAUGCUGAGGUUAAAGUUCGAGGGACUCAUGUGGAAACACCAGAGGUGAACAUUGAAGGUCCCAGUAUUAAUGUGGAAGGUGGAUUUAAACAGCCCAAAGGCAAAAUGCCUUCAUUUGGAAUCAAGGCCCCCAAGGUGACAGGCCCUGAUGUAGAUGUCAGUCUUUCCAAAAGUGACAUUGACUUCAAAGGUCCAAAGAUCGAAGGAUCAGAUGUUGACAUAAAAGGGCCCGAGGGGAAAAUUAAAGGACCAAAAUUUAAGAUGUCCUCAGUCUCUGGUCCAAAGGUCUCCGUACCCGAUGUCGAUGUAAAUCUUGAGGGUCCAAAAAUAAAGAGAGAUAUCAAUGUAUCAGUUCCAAAGAUUGAGGGUGACAUAGAAGGUCCUAACGUAGACAUUGAAGGUCCCCAUGUGGAAGUGGAAGCUCCUGAGGGUGGAUUUAAAAUGCCCAAAAUCAAAAUGCCAUCAUUUGGAAUUAAAGGACCCAAGAUGGAGGGGCCUGAUGUAGACGCCAGUCUUCCCAAAGGUGAAGUUGAUAUCAAAGCUGCAAAGGUAGGCAUCAAAGCAACAGAUAUUGAUAUUGAAGGACCGGACGGAAAUGUCAAGGGGCCCAAAUUCAAGAUGCCAACAAUUUCAGGCCCCAAGAUUUCCAUGCCUGAUGUGGACAUUAACCUUAAAGGUCCAAAUCUCAAAGGUGAUGUGAAUGUUUCAAGUCCAAAAAUUGAAGCUGACAUCAAACCACCUAAAGUAGAUAUUGAAGGGCCUGACAUAGAUGUAGAGGGUCCUGGAGGUGGAUUUAAAAUGCCUAAAAUCAAAAUGCCCUCAUUUGGAAAUAAGGGAUCCAAGAUGGACACUGAUGUAGAUGUCAGUCUGCCUAAAGCUGAUGUUGAAAUCAAAAGACCGGAGGUCGACAUCAAAGCACCGGAUGUGGAAGUUGAGGGACCUGAGGGAAAAAUCAAGGGGCCUAAAUUCAAAAUGCCAACCAUCUCUGGCCCAAAGAUCUCCAUGCCUGAUGUGGACAUCAAUCUGAAAGGUCCAAAACUGAAAGGUGAUGUGGAUGUGUCUGUACCAAAGGUUGAGGGUGAAAUCAAAGCACCUAAGGUAGACAUUGAAGGGCCCAGUAUGGAUGUGGAAGGUCCUGAGGGUGGAUUCAAAAUGCCCAAAAUCAAAAUUCCAUCAUUUGGAAUUAAGGGACCCAAAGUGGAGGGCCCUGAUAUGGAUGUCAAUGUUCCUAAAGCUGAUAUAGAUGUCAAAAGACCUAAGGUAGACAUCAAAGCACCAGAUGUUGAAGUUGAAGGGCCAGAGGGAAAAAUCAAGGGGCCAAAAUUCAAAAUGCCAUCUAUUUCUGGUCCUAAGAUUUCCAUGCCUGAUGUGGACAUCAAUCUGAAAGGUCCAAAAGUAAAGGGCAAUGUGGAUGUGUCAGUUCCAAAGGUUGAGGGUGAAAUCAAAGCACCUAAAGUAGAUAUUGAAGGUCGGAAUGUGGAAGUGGAGGGCCCUGAAGGAGGCUUCAAAAUGCCGAAAAUCAAAAUGCCAUCAUUUGGAAUCAAAGGACCCAAGAUGGAAGGGUCUGAGGUGGACAUUAACCUUCCUAAAGCUGACAUAGACAUUAAGGGGCCUGAGGUAGACAUUAACAUGCCAGAGGUUGACACCGAAGGACCAGAUGGGAAAAUCAAGGGGCCAAAAUUCAAAAUGCCAUCAAUUUCUGGCCCCAAGAUUUCCAUGCCUGAUGUGGACUUCAAUCUGAAAGGUCCAAAAGUAAAGGGAGAUGUGGAUGUUUCAGUUCCAAAGGUUGAGGGUGAUAUCAAAGCGCCUAAGGUAGACAUUGAGGCCCCCAGUGUGGAAGUGGAAGGCCCUGAAGGAGGGUUCAAAAUGCCGAAAAUCAAAAUGCCAUCAUUUGGUUUCAAAGGCCCGAAGGUGGAGGGCCCAGAUGUGGAUGUGAACCUUCCAGAAGCAAAAGUGGAUAUCAAAGCUCCAGACAUUGAUGUCAAAGCACCAGAGGUCGAUAUUGAAGGACCAGAUGGGAAAACCAAGGGGCCAAAAUUCAAAAUGCCAUCUAUUUCUGGUCCCAAGAUCUCCAUGCCUGAUGUGGACUUCAAUCUGAAAGGUCCAAAAGUGAAGGGUGAUGUGGAUGUGUCAGUUCCAAAGGUUGAGGGUGAUAUCAAAGCACCGAAGGUAGACAUCGAAGGUCCCAGUGUUGAUGUGGAGGGCCCUGAAGGAGGCUUCAAAAUGCCCAAAAUGAAAAUGCCAUCAUUUGGUUUCAAAGGCCCUAAAGUGGAAGGCCCAGAUGUGGAUGUCAACCUUCCCAAAGCUGAUGUAGACAUCAAUGCUCCAGAGAUAGACAUUAAAGGACCAGAGGUUGAUAUUGAAGGACCAGAGGGAAAAAUCAAGGGGCCGAAAUUCAAAAUGCCAUCUAUCUCUGGUCCCAAGAUUUCCAUGCCUGAUGUGGACUUCAAUCUGAAAGGUCCAAAAGUGAAGGGUGAUGUGGAUGUUUCAGUUCCAAAGGUUGAGGGUGAUAUCAAAGCCCCUAAAGUAGAUAUUGAAGGUCCCAAUUUGGAAGUGGAGGGCCCCGAGGGAGGCUUCAAAAUGCCCAAAAUGAAAAUGCCAUCAUUUGGUUUCAAAGGCCCUAAAGUGGAAGGCCCAGAUGUGGAUGUGAACCUUCCCAAAGCUGAUGUGGACAUCAAAGCUCCAGAGAUAGACAUUAAAGCACCAGAGGUCGAUAUUGAGGGGCCAGAUGGAAAAAUCAAAGGACCAAAAUUCAAGAUGCCAUCUAUUUCUGGUCCCAAGAUUUCCAUGCCUGAUGUGGACUUCAAUCUGAAAGGUCCAAAAGUGAAGGGUGAUGUGGAUGUUUCAGUUCCAAAGGUUGAGGGUGAUAUCAAAGCCCCUAAAGUAGAUAUUGAAGGUCCCAAUUUGGAAGUGGAGGGCCCCGAGGGAGGCUUCAAAAUGCCGAAAAUCAAAAUGCCAUCAUUUGGUUUCAAAGGCCCUAAAGUGGAAGGCCCAGAUGUGGAUGUCAACCUUGCUAAAGCUGAUGUGGACAUCAAAGCACCGGAGGUCGAUAUUGAAGGACCAGAUGGGAAAAUCAAGGGGCCAAAAUUCAAAAUGCCAUCUAUUUCUGGCCCAAAGAUUUCCAUGCCUGAUGUGGACUUCAAUCUGAAAGGUCCAAAAUUAAAGGGAGAUGUGGACGUGUCAGUUCCAAAGGUUGAGGGUGAUAUCAAAGCACCGAGGGUAGACAUUGAAGGUCCCAGUGUUGAUGUAGAGGGCCCUGAAGGAGGCUUCAAAAUGCCCAAAAUCAAAAUGCCAUCAUUUGGUUUCAAAGGCCCUAAAGUGGAAGGCCCAGAUGUGGAUGUCAACCUUCCCAAAGCUGAUGUAGACAUCAAAGCUCCGAACAUAGACAUCAAAGCACCAGAGGUUGAUAUUGAAGGACCAGACGGGAAAAUCAAGGGGCCAAAAUUCAAAAUGCCAUCUAUUUCUGGUCCCAAGAUCUCUAUGCCUGAUGUGGACUUCAAUCUGAAAGGUCCAAAAGUAAAGGGGGAUGUGGAUGUGUCAGUUCCAAAGGUUGAGGGUGAUAUCAAAGCACCGAAGGUAGACAUUGAAGGUCCCAGUGUUGAUGUAGAGGGUCCUGAGGGAGGGUUCAAAAUGCCCAAAAUCAAAAUGCCAUCAUUUGGUUUCAAAGGCCCUAAAGUGGAAGGCCCAGAUGUGGAUGUGAACCUUGCCAAAGCUGAUGUGGACAUCAAAGCACCAGAGGUCGAUAUUGAAGGACCAGACGGGAAAAUCAAGGGGCCAAAAUUCAAAAUGCCAUCUAUUUCUGGCCCUAAGAUUUCCAUGCCUGAUGUGGACUUCAAUCUGAAAGGUCCAAAAGUAAAGGGGGAUGUGGAUGUGUCAGUUCCAAAGGUUGAGGGUGAUAUCAAAGCACCGAAGGUAGACAUUGAAGGUCCCAGUGUUGAUGUAGAGGGUCCUGAAGGAGGCUUCAAAAUGCCCAAAAUGAAAAUGCCAUCAUUUGGUUUCAAAGGCCCUAAAGUGGAAGGCCCAGAUGUGGAUGUCAACCUUGCCAAAGCUGAUGUGGACAUCAAAGCACCAGAGGUCGAUAUUGAAGGACCAGACGGGAAAAUCAAGGGGCCAAAAUUCAAAAUGCCAUCUAUUUCUGGCCCUAAGAUUUCCAUGCCUGAUGUGGACUUCAAUCUGAAAGGUCCAAAAGUAAAGGGGGAUGUGGAUGUGUCAGUUCCAAAGGUUGAGGGUGAUAUCAAAGCCCCUAAAGUCGAUAUUGAAGGUCCCAAUUUGGAAGUGGAGGGCCAUGAGGGAGGCUUCAAAAUGCCCAAAAUGAAAAUGCCAUCAUUUGGUUUCAAAGACCCUAAAGUGGAAGGCCCAGAUGUGGAUGUCAACCUUUCCAAAGCUGAUGUGGACAUCAAAGCUCCAGAGGUCGAUAUUGAGGGACCAGAAGGGAAAAUUAAGGGGCCAAAAUUCAAGAUGCCAUCUAUCUCUGGUCCCAAGAUUUCCAUGCCUGAUGUGGACUUCAAUCUGAAAGGUCCAAAAGUAAAGGGAGAUGUGGAUGUUUCAGUUCCAAAGGUUGAGGGUGAUAUCAAAGCACCUAAGGUAGACAUUGAAGGUCCGAAUGUGGAAGUGGAAGGCCCUGAAGGAGGCUUCAAAAUGCCGAAAAUGAAAAUGCCAUCAUUUGGUUUCAAAGGCCCUAAAGUGGAAGGCCCAGAUGUGGAUGUCAACCUUCCCAAAGCUAACGUUGACAUAAAAGCUCCAGAGAUAGACAUCAAAGCACCAGAGGUCGAUAUUGAAGGACCAGAUGGGAAAAUCAAGGGGCCAAAAUUCAAAAUGCCAUCUAUCUCUGGACCAAAGAUCUCAAUGCCUGAUGUGGACUUCAAUCUGAAAGGUCCAAAAGUAAAGGGUGAUGUCGAUGUUUCAGUUCCAAAGGUUGAGGGUGAUAUCAAAGCACCUAAGGUAGACAUCGAAGGUCCAAGUGUUGACGUAGAGAGUCCUGAAGGAGGUUUCAAAAUGCCCAAAAUCAAAAUGCCUUCAUUUGGUUUCAAAGGCCCUAAAGUGGAAGGCCCAGAUGUGGAUGUCAACCUUCCCAAAGCUGAUGUGGAUAUCAAAGCUCCGGAGAUCGACAUCAAAGCACCAGAGGUUGAUAUUGAAGGACCAGAUGGGAAAAUCAAGGGGCCAAAAUUCAAGAUGCCAUCGAUCUCUGGACCAAAGAUCUCAAUGCCUGAUGUGGACUUCAAUCUGAAAGGUCCAAAGGUGAAGGGUGAUGUGGAUGUGUCAGUUCCAAAGGUUGAGGGUGAUAUCAAAGCACCGAGGGUAGACAUUGAAGGUCCCAGUGUUGACGUAGAGGGCCCCGAGGGAGGCUUCAAAAUGCCGAAAAUCAAAAUGCCAUCAUUUGGUUUCAAAGGCCCUAAAGUGGAAGGCCCAGAUGUGGAUGUCAACCUUCCCAAAGCUGAUGUAGACAUCAAAGCACCAGAGGUUGAUAUUGAAGGACCAGAUGGGAAAAUCAAGGGGCCAAAAUUCAAGAUGCCAUCUAUUUCUGGUCCCAAGAUCUCCAUGCCUGAUGUGGACUUCAAUCUGAAAGGUCCAAAAGUGAAGGGCGAUGUGGAUGUGUCAGUUCCAAAGGUUGAGGGUGAUAUCAAAGCACCGAGGGUAGACAUUGAAGGUCCCAGUGUUGACGUAGAGGGCCCCGAGGGAGGCUUCAAAAUGCCGAAAAUCAAAAUGCCAUCAUUUGGUUUCAAAGGCCCUAAAGUGGAAGGCCCAGAUGUGGAUGUGAACCUUCCCAAAGCUGAUGUAGACAUCAAAGCACCAGAGGUUGAUAUUGAAGGACCAGAUGGGAAAAUCAAGGGGCCAAAAUUCAAGAUGCCAUCUAUUUCUGGUCCCAAGAUCUCCAUGCCUGAUGUGGACUUCAAUCUGAAAGGUCCAAAAGUGAAGGGCGAUGUGGAUGUGUCAGUUCCAAAGGUUGAGGGUGAUAUCAAAGCCCCUAAAGUAGAUAUUGAAGGUCCCAAUUUGGAAGUGGAGGGCCCCGAGGGAGGCUUCAAAAUGCCGAAAAUCAAAAUGCCAUCAUUUGGUUUCAAAGGCCCUAAAGUGGAAGGCCCAGAUGUGGAUGUCAACCUUCCCAAAGCUGAUGUAGACAUCAAUGCUCCAGAGAUAGACAUUAAAGGUCCAGAGGUUGAUAUUGAAGGACCAGAUGGGAAAAUCAAGGGGCCAAAAUUCAAAAUGCCAUCUAUUUCUGGUCCCAAGAUUUCCAUGCCUGAUGUGGACUUCAAUCUGAAAGGUCCAAAAGUGAAGGGCGAUGUGGAUGUUUCAGUUCCAAAGGUCGAGGGUGACAUCAAAGCACCGAAGGUAGACAUCGAAGGUCCCAGUGUUGAUGUAGAGGGUCCUGAAGGAGGCUUCAAAAUGCCUAAAAUCAAAAUGCCAUCAUUUGGUUUCAAAGGCCCUAAAGUGGAGGGCCCAGAUGUGGAUGUCAACCUUCCCAAAGCUGAUGUAGACAUCAAAGUUCCGGAGAUAGACAUCAAAGCACCAGAGGUCGAUAUUGAAGGACCAGAUGGGAAAAUCAAGGGUCCAAAAUUCAAAAUGCCAUCUAUUUCUGGUCCUAAGAUUUCCAUGCCUGAUGUGGACUUCAAUCUGAAAGGUCCAAAAGUAAAGGGAGAUGUGGAUGUUUCAGUUCCAAAGGUUGAGGGUGACAUCAAAGCACCGAAGGUAGACAUCGAAGGUCCCAGUGUUGAUGUAGAGGGUCCUGAGGGAGGUUUCAAAAUGCCCAAAAUCAAAAUGCCAUCAUUUGGUUUCAAAGGCCCUAAAGUGGAAGGCCCAGAUGUGGAUGUCAACCUUCCCAAAGCUGAUGUAGACAUCAAAGCUCCAGAGAUAGACAUCAAAGGACCAGAGGUUGAUAUUGAAGGACCAGAUGGGAAAAUCAAGGGGCCAAAAUUCAAAAUGCCAUCAAUUUCUGGUCCUAAGAUUUCUAUGCCUGAUGUGGACUUCAAUCUGAAAGGUCCAAAAGUAAAGGGAGAUGUGGAUGUUUCAGUUCCAAAGGUUGAGGGUGAUAUCAAAGCCCCCAAAGUAGACAUUGAAGGUCCCAGUGUUGAUGUAGAAGGUCCUGAAGGAGGCUUCAAAAUGCCGAAAAUCAAAAUGCCAUCAUUCGGAUUCACAGGUCCCAAGGUUGAGGGCCCUGAUGUAGAUGUUAGUAUUCCCAAAGGUGAGAUUGAUAUCAAAGGUCCAGAGAUUGACAUCAAAGCACCAGAUGUCGGACUUAAAGGACCUGAAGGAGAAAUCAAGGGGCCAAAAUUCAAGAUGCCUUCUAUAUCUGGCCCAAAAGUCUCAUUACCUGAUGUAGACUUAAGUCUGAAGAGUCCGAAGGUAAAGGGUGACAUUGAUGUAUCAGUUCCAAAGGUAGAAGGUGACAUUAAUAUACCCAAAGCAGACAUUGAAGGACCAGGCAUUGAGAUGGAAGGCCCUGAAUUUGGUGUGAAGAAAUCCAAGUUUAAAAUGCCAAAGUUUGGAUUCAAAGGACCUAAGAUAGACAGUCCUGAUUUGGAAAUCAAUGUUCCCAAAAGCAACAUCCAAGGCCCUGAAGUAGAUGCUGCCGGUCCAAAUGUGAAAGUUAAAGGUUCCAAAUUUAAGAUGCCAUCCAUAUCCUUGCCAAAGUUUGGGUUCAAAUCAUCCAAACCAGAGCUGCCAGAUGUAAAUAUAACUGUGCCUAAUCCAGAUAUUGAUGUAAAAACACCAGAGAUUGACAUCAAAACUCCAGAUGCUGAUAUUGAGGGACCCGAGGGUAAAAUUAAAGGGUCAAAAUUCAAGAUGCCAUCUAUCACUGGUCCAAAAAUUUCCAUGCCUGAUGUGGACUUCAAUCUGAAAGGUCCAAAACUUAAAGGUGAUAUGGAUGUGUCAGCUCCAAAAAUUGAAGGUGAAAUAAAAGCACCUGAUGUAGACAUUGAAGGUCCCAGUGUUGAUGUAGAGGGCCCUGAAGGCGGGUUCAAAAUGCCCAAAAUGAAAAUGCCUUCAUUUGGAAUAAAGGGACCUAAGGUGGAGGGGCCUGAUGUAGAUGUCAGUCUACCCAAAGGUGACAUUAAACUGAAGGGUCCAGAAGUUGACAUCAAAGCACCAGAUUUUGAAGUUGAAGGUCCUGAGGGCAAGGUCAAGGGGCCAAAAUUCAAAAUGCCAUCCAUAUCUGGCCCAAAGAUCUCAAUGCCUGAUGUGGACUUCAAUCUGAAAGGUCCAAAACUGAAAGGUGACAUGGAUGUGUCAGUUCCAAAGAUUGAGGGUGACAUAAAAGGUCCAAAAGUUGAUAUUGAAGGUCCCAAUAUGGAGGUGGAAGGUCCCGAGGGUGGAUUUAAAAUGCCCAAAAUCAAAAUGCCUUCAUUUGGAAUUAAGGGACCCAAGGUGGAGGGGCCUGACGCAGAUAUCAAUCUUCCCAAAGGCGACAUUGAUAUCAAAGGUGCAGACAUUGACAUCAGAACACCAGAGUUUGAUAUUGAAGGACCAGAUGGGAAAAUCAAGGGGCCGAAAUUCAAGAUGCCAACAAUUUCUGGCCCAAAAAUUUCCAUGCCUGAUGUAGACUUCAAUCUGAAAGGUCCAAAAAUAAAGGGAGACAUGGACAUGUCAGUGCCAAAAGUUGAGGGUGAUAUCAAAGCACCUAAAGUGGACAUUGAAGGUCCUAAUGUGGAGAUGGAGGGCCCUGAAGGAGGGUUCAAAAUGCCCAAAUUCAAAAUGCCAACAUUUGGACUCAAAGGUCCAAAAGUGGAGGGCCCUGAUGUGGAUGUCAAUCUGCCAACAGCUCAUGCUGAUGUCAAAGCUCCAGAGAUAGACAUCAAGGCACCAGAUGUUGACAUUGAAGGGCCAGAGGGAAAAAUCAAGGGGCCAAAAUUCAAAAUGCCAUCUCUAUCAGGACCAAAGUUGUCAAUGCCUGAUGUGGACUUCAAUCUGAAAGGUCCAAAAAUCAAAGGUGAUGUAGAUGUUUCAGGUCCCAAAAUUGAAGGAGAUAUUGAAGGCCCCAGUGUUGAUAUAGAGGGCCCUGAAGGCGGGUUCAAAAUGCCCAAAAUCAAAAUGCCAUCAUUUGGUUUCAAAGGCCCUAAAUUGGAAGGCCCAGAUGUGGAUGUCAACCUUCCCAAAGCUGAUGUGGAUAUCAAAGCUCCAGAGGUAGACAUCAAAGCUCCAGAGGUCGAUAUUGAGGGACCAGAUGGGAAAAUCAAGGGGCCAAAAUUCAAAAUGCCAUCUAUUUCUGGUCCCAAGAUUUCCAUGCCUGAUGUGGACUUCAAUCUGAAAGGUCCAAAAGUAAAGGGCGAUGUGGAUGUUUCAGUUCCAAAGAUCGAGGGUGAUAUCAAAGCACCGAAGGUAGACAUUGAAGGUCCCAGUGUUGAUGUAGGGGGCCCUGAAGGAGGCUUCAAAAUGCCCAAAAUGAAAAUGCCAUCAUUUGGUUUCAAAGGCCCUAAAGUGGAAGGCCCAGAUGUGGAUGUCAACCUUCCCAAAGCUGAUGUGGAUAUCAAUGCUCCAAACAUAGACAUCAAAGCACCAGAGGUUGAUAUUGAAGGACCAGGCGGGAAAAUCAAGGGGCCAAAAUUCAAGAUGCCAUCUAUUUCUGGUCCCAAGAUCUCCAUGCCUGAUGUAGACUUCAAUCUGAAAGGUCCAAAAGUAAAGGGAGACAUGGACGUGUCAGUGCCAAAGGUUGAGGGUGAUAUCAAAGCACCGAAGGUAGACAUUGAAGGUCUCAGUGUUGAUAUAGAGGGCCCUGAAGGAGGCUUCAAAAUGCCCAAAAUCAAAAUGCCAUCAUUUGGUUUCAAAGGCCCUAAAGUGGAAGGCCCAGAUGUGGAUGUGAACCUUCCCAAAGCUGAUGUAGACAUCAAAGCUCCAAACAUAGACAUCAAUGCACCAGAGGUCGAUAUUGAGGGACCAGAUGGGAAAAUCAAGGGGCCAAAAUUCAAGAUGCCAUCUAUUUCUGGUCCCAAGAUUUCCAUGCCUGAUGUGGACUUCAAUCUGAAAGGUCCAAAAGUAAAGGGCGAUGUGGAUGUGUCAGUUCCAAAGAUCGAGGGUGAUAUCAAAGCACCGAAGGUAGAUAUCGAAGGUCCCAGUGUUGAUGUAGAGGGCCCUGAAGGAGGCUUCAAAAUGCCAAAGAUUAAAAUGCCUUCAUUUGGUUUCAAAGGCCCUAAAGUGGAAGGCCCAGAUGUGGAUGUCAACCUUCCCAAAGCUGAUAUAGACAUCAGAGCUCCAGAGAUGGACAUCAAAGCACCAGAGGUCGAUAUUGAGGGACCAGAUGGGAAAAUCAAGGGGCCAAAAUUCAAAAUGCCAUCUAUUUCUGGUCCCAAGAUUUCCAUGCCUGAUAUGGACUUCAAUCUGAAAGGUCCAAAAGUAAAGGGAGAUGUGGAUGUUUCAGUUCCAAAGGUUGAGGGUGAUAUCAAAGCACCGAGGGUAGACAUUGAAGGUCCCAGUGUUGACGUAGAGGGCCCUGAAGGAGGGUUCAAAAUGCCCAAAAUGAAAAUGCCAUCAUUUGGUUUCAAAGGCCCUAAAGUGGAAGGCCCAGAUGUGGCUGUCAACCUUCCCAGAGCUGAUGUGGAUAUCAAUGCUCCAAACAUAGACAUCAAAGCACCAGAGGUUGAUAUUGAAGGACCAGGCGGGAAAAUCAAGGGGCCAAAAUUCAAGAUGCCAUCUAUUUCUGGUCCCAAGAUCUCUAUGCCUGAUGUAGACUUCAAUCUGAAAGGUCCAAAAGUAAAGGGAGACAUGGACGUGUCAGUGCCAAAGAUCGAGGGUGAUAUCAAAGCACCGAAGGUAGACAUUGAAGGUCCCAGUGUUGAUAUAGAGGGCCCCGAGGGAGGGUUCAAAAUGCCCAAAAUGAAAAUGCCAUCAUUUGGUUUCAAAGGCCCUAAAGUGGAAGGCCCAGAUGUGGAUGUGAACCUUCCCAAAGCUGAUGUAGACAUCAAAGCUCCAAACAUAGACAUCAAUGCACCAGAGGUCGAUAUUGAGGGACCAGAUGGGAAAAUCAAGGGGCCAAAAUUCAAAAUGCCAUCUAUUUCUGGUCCCAAGAUUUCCAUGCCUGAUGUGGACUUCAAUCUGAAAGGUCCAAAAGUGAAGGGCGAUGUGGAUGUUUCAGUUCCAAAGGUUGAGGGUGAUAUCAAAGCACCGAAGGUAGACGUCGAAGGUCCCAGUGUUGAUGUAGAGGGCCCUGAAGGAGGCUUCAAAAUGCCAAAGAUUAAAAUGCCUUCAUUUGGUUUCAAAGGCCCUAAAGUGGAAGGCCCAGAUGUGGAUGUCAACCUUCCCAAAGCUGAUAUAGACAUCAGAGCUCCAGAGAUGGACAUCAAAGCACCAGAGGUCGAUAUUGAAGGACCAGAUGGGAAAAUCAAGGGGCCAAAAUUCAAAAUGCCAUCUAUUUCUGGUCCCAAGAUUUCCAUGCCUGAUAUGGACUUCAAUCUGAAAGGUCCAAAAGUAAAGGGAGAUGUGGAUGUUUCAGUUCCAAAGAUUGAGGGUGAUAUCAAAGCCCCCAAAGUAGAUAUUGAAGGUCCCAAUUUGGAAGUGGAGGGCCCCGAGGGAGGGUUCAAAAUGCCCAAAAUGAAAAUGCCAUCAUUUGGUUUCAAAGGCCCUAAAGUGGAAGGCCCAGAUGUGGAUGUGAACCUUCCCAAAGCUGAUGUAGACAUCAAAGCUCCAAACAUAGACAUCAAAGCACCAGAAGUCGAUAUUGAAGGACCAGACGGGAAAAUCAAGGGGCCAAAAUUCAAAAUGCCAUCUAUUUCUGGUCCCAAGAUCUCUAUGCCUGAUGUGGACUUCAAUCUGAAAGGUCCAAAAGUAAAGGGGGAUGUGGAUGUGUCAGUUCCAAAGGUUGAGGGUGAUAUCAAAGCGCCUAAGGUAGACAUUGAAGGUCCCAGUGUUGAUGUAGAGGGUCCUGAGGGAGGAUUCAAAAUGCCGAAGAUUAAAAUGCCUUCAUUUGGUUUCAAAGGCCCUAAAGUGGAAGGCCCCGAUGUAGAUGUUGAUCUUCCAACUACCAAUGUUGAUGUAGAAGUACCAGAUGUUGAUAUUGAAGGCCCAGAGGGAAAAAUCAAAGGGCCCAAAUUCAAGAUGCCAUCUAUAUCUGGUCCAAAGAUCUCCAUGCCCGAUAUGGACUUCAGUAUAAAAGGUCCUAAAUUCAAAGGUGAUGUUGAUGUUUCAGCUCCCAAGGUCGAAGGAGACGUCAAAGCUCCAGAGAUAGACAUCAAAGGACCAGAGAUUGAUAUUGAAGGACCAGAUGGGAAAAUCAAGGGGCCAAAAUUCAAAAUGCCAACAAUUUCCGGUCCGAAGAUGUCUAUGCCUGAUGUGGACUACAAUCUGAAAGGUCCAAAAGUAAAGGGAGAUGUGGAUAUUUCAGUUCCAAAGGUUGAGGGUGAUAUCAAAGCACCGAAGGUAGACAUUGAAGGUCCCAAUGUAGAAAUUGAAGGUCCUGAAGGAGGUUUCAAAAUGCCAAAAAUCAAAAUGCCAUCAUUUGGAAUCAAGGGUCCCAAGGUGGAGGGCCCUGAUGUAGAUAUCAAUCUUCCAAAAGGUGACAUUGACAUUAAGGGUCCAGAGAUUGAUAUCAAAGGUCCACAUGCUAGUAUUGAAGGACCAGAGGGGAAAAUCAAGGGGCCAAAAUUCAACAUGCCUUCUAUUUCUGGUCCUAAUAUAUCCAUGCCUGAAGUCGAUCUUAACGUAAAAGGCCCAAAUCUUAAGGGAGAUGCAAGUCUCAGUGCUCAUGUUGAAAAGCCAGAAGUAAAGUUCCCAAAAUUUAAAGGUCCUACCUUUGGAAUAAAGUCUCCUAAAACAGGAGCUUCUGCAGCUGAUGUUGGCAGUGGGGGGUUAAACAUCACAGGUCCAAAAGCUGAAAUUAAGACUCCUGGGGUCAACAUAGAAGGACCAGAUGUAGACAUUAACAUGCCAAAAGUCAAGAGUCCUAAAUUAGAUGUAAAUCUUCCCGAGGUUGACACUGGAUUAGAUGUCCCUGAUGUGGACAUCAAUGUGAAAGGAAAGAAGGGCAAAUUCAAAUUACCCAAAGUGAAAGGGAAGUCAAAGAAGCCUGACUUUGGUGCAACAGUUGAAUCUGAUUCCAACUUACCUGAGGUUCACAUGAAAGGUUCAAAGCCAAAGAAGCCUCUGUUUGGAAAAUUACACUUUCCUGAUGUGGAAAUUGACAUCAAGUCUCCCAAAGUUAAAGGGGGUGGUUCAGCAUCAGGCACUUCGCGAUCUUCUGACUUGGACUUGCCAUCAGCAAGCAUAAAAGCAGAAGCUCAGGGUAUUAAUAUUGAGCAACCAGAUAUUAGCAUGGAGGGGCCAGACAUUAAAGCAAAAUCAUCCAAAAUUAAGAUGCCAAAGUUGAAUGUCUCAGGAACCAAGCUAAAAACACCUGAUUUACAUGCAAAGGGCAGCAAGUUAGAUUCACCUGACUUGAGUGUUAGCGUAGAUGCUCCAGAUAUCAGUGUGGAGGGUGCUGGCUUUAAAGGAAAGGGCAGUGCUGAAGGCAACAUUGAAAGUUUAAAGGGAGGCAUGAAGGGACCAGGUUUAAGUAUGCCUUCCCUUGAUGUAAAGGCUCCCAAGAUUUCUGCUCCUGAGCUAAGUUUAAAAGGUCCCAAAACAAAAGGAAUCUCUGAAGGUGAAAUUAAGGGGCCGUCAAUCAGUGGUGAUCUAAGUUUCAAUGGACAAAAACCCUCUGCUGAGUUGAAAGACGUCAAAGGUAACAUUGAGAUUGGUGCAAUGGAAUACCCUGAGGCCAAGGUAACAAUUCCAAAAAUCAAAGUUCCUAAGUUUGGGAUUGCUUUGCCUAAGAUGGAAGGGCCAGAGGUAGGAGUAGAUGUGGGGUCAGAGGGAUUAGCUGCAGGUGGAACAGUCAAUGUGCAGACACCUUCUGCUACAGGCAAUGUUAGCACUCAAAGUUUAGAGAUGCAUAGCCCAGAGCUGAAAAGUAGUGGUGGGAGGGUGAAAGUUAAGAUGCCAAAAUUUUUCGGCAAAUCAAAAACCAAGGGUGGAAGUGCAGCUGAUCUGACCCUUGAGGGUGCAGAUGUUGAAGUUGGAGGCAAUGUUAAAGGGUCAAAAGGUUUAAGUUUGAGUUCUGGUGAAUUGCUAAGUGGCAAGAUGGCAGUUGAGGGAGGUCAAGGACUUAGCGUGUCACCCAAGAGCAAAUCUGCGUCUCUAGAUAUUUUGAAAAAGUCAAGACACCGGUCAUCCUCACUGAGUGAUGAGGGAAGUCUAGGCUCUCCUACUUCUCCUGAGGGGCACUUACAGGCAGAGGGUGGCAACAUAUCUGUGGACAUUAGUGGAGGCAAGGUUAAAGGCAAGAAAGGAAAGUUAAAAUUUGGCACAUUUGGUGGAUUUGGUGCAAAAUCCAAGGGCUCAUAUGAAGUGACACUUGGUGAGGAAAGCGAAGCAAAGGUUGAAGGAGCAGGUGGUGUUGUUCUUCCCUCUAAGAAAUCAAGAAUGUCUUCAUCAUCCAGUAGUGACAGCGGGACAAAAGGCGGUUUCCGUUUUCCGAGGGUCGAAAUCGCUAUGUCACCGAAAAAAUAAUACAUAAUAUCAGUCAAAUGCACUAAUGCUCUGAUGCAUGCAUAUUCUGUGCUUUUCAUAAAUUUUUUCAAGAAAUCAAAACCUACACAUUUUGUUAUUGAACAAGACUGCUUCAUCUCUCAAUGUACACCAGCGCACUGCUACAAACACAGAAUUUAUGUUAAUUUCAUAUCUUCUCCAAAGCCUCCUGGUUUUUUUUAUUCACUGGGGUACAUGUCAUGUUCUUUUUUUAAUCAACAUUAAACUGUAAAUAAGAUGAAUCUGUAAUUGUAAUUUUAAAUGUCUUCUUUUGUAAAUAGUAAAAUUGAAUCCAGUCUACGCAAUAUCCAUCUGAACUCCAUAGUGCCUUAGAUAACUAUUUGACAUGAAACAGAAAAAUUGGUCAAAAUCUGGAUUUAAUACAUUUUGAUAUGGUUAGUUGUUUUAUUUUUGUACCUUUGAAUUUUUUUUAGGGAAAUGGCUGAGGAAGAAUCUUUUAACACCAAUAUUACUGUUUUCACUACCAGUUUUAAAUAUUAUGUUUACACACCUAUACAUAUUCAACAAGAGGAGACAUUUUGUUCUUUUAUUAUGAAAUGAUGCAUUUCUUGUGUUUUUGCAGCUUUAGAUAUAUAAUCAAUGCUGUAUUGUAUCUACACACCAGACCUGACAAAUUACAUUUGCAAGUACAGCAGUGCUAGCAAACAACCCUAACAAAAGUCUUUAAGUGUCUAUUGUACAAACUGUAAAUAAACUCUUGUUGCAAAUUAGAGACAUAAAACAAGUCACUUUUAAAUACCAGGGACACCAGAGUUCAAGUAUUCUAAAGCAAUUUUGUUUGAAUUUACACAAAAUGGCAUAUGAUUGUGAUCUAAAUUAUUUAUCAGAUGAUAUUGUUUAUUUAGGUAACAGGCAGGCAUAAAUAAAACAUGAAUUUAAGAAGAUGUUUUAAUGAAAUUGUCAACCGAUUUUCCAGUUGGUUGUUGGAAGACCAACGCAAGUGUUCUCACCUCCUCAAUUACCAUUACACUGAGAUGAAUCUCUCUCUCUCUCUCUCUCUCUCUCACACACACACACACACAAUUCUCAAUGGAAAGCUAUGGUGAUGUGAGUUGUGAAAUAACUAAAGAAAUGCUAUAACUAUUUGAGUAAAGAUUUAUGCUGUGUCACUUUCAAAAAUAAUACAUUCUGCGGUGCUCUGAACAGCACUUGGACACAUAAACUGCCAUUUCCCCAUUUAUUUACUGUUUUUCUUCUUGUUUUGUGUGAGCUGCAAAACAAAAUAAACAAGUCUAUUAUUAGUA